ACCUGUAAAGAAAUAAUAGAAACAAGACAACACGACAGAAUGGUGAGUUCUCAGCGAUGGCGCCUACUUGUUUUUCAAUUUCUGUGUAUAUCUUGCUCGCUGAGGGUAACCCUGUCAGCGAACAAGCUACUACUUCUACUCGUGGACGGCAUGAGAUGGGAUUACGCCGACAGAGAGAAUCUACCUGCUUUUAAACAGAUAGAAACACAAGGUGCCCGUGCGACGAAAAUGCGACCCAAUUUUCCGAGCUCAUCUUAUCCAAAUUAUUAUUCUAUUAUGACAGGUUUACACUGUGAGAACCAUGGCAUAGUAUCAAACUGUAUGUAUGAUGCAGUCAAAAAUGAAACAUUUGACAUGGGCAGGAACCCAGAGUCCUAUGAUUCAUUCUGGUGGGAGGAUGCUGAACCAUUGUGGAUUGGUGUUGAGAGACAGCGCAAGAAAAGCUUUCUUUUAUCCUGGCCAACAUGUAAUGUCAGUAUACAUGGACGCAAGCCCUCCGUGUGUAGGGAGUAUUCUGCAGAACCUUUACAAAAUGGCGCCAGCCUGAAAGAAGACAUUAAGGAGGCUGUAGCUUCACUGAGGAAUAAUUCAGCAGAUUUUGUGGGUGUCUUCUUUGGUUCAGUUAACCAUCUUGGACAUCUGUACGGCCCUAAUGGCACUAAGUUGAAUUCCAUCCUAAAGGAGUUAGAUGGUGCAGUAGCUGAACUUUUGAACAUUACAAGCGACAUGAGGGAAACCUUGAAUAUUAUCAUACUGGCCGAUCAUGGAAUGACAUCCUUCACUAAGGGUAUAAACUUGACCGAGAGGAUGGACUUGAGUGACCUGGUCAGUUUUCCCAUCAAGGGCUCAUUAGAUGUUGGUGCAAAUGUAGAAAUUUGGCCAGAAAUACAUGUAGAUCCAGCAGAGUUAGUGAACAAGUUGAACAAUGACUCAUGGGGGGAGAGAAAUUUUACAGCUUACCUGAAAAAGGAUAUUCCAGAGCGUUUCUUUUAUAAAAAUCACAGACGGAUUGCUCCAGUUGUCGUCAUGGCAGAUAUUGGCUACUAUAUCAAUUCGUUUGCAUCUCCAAAUUUGCCAACUUUUAAUGACACAGAUGAACAUAAUAAAACUGUUGUUCGGAAUUUGGGAGGAUAUCAUGGGUAUGACAACACAGAAAGUGAUAUGCAUGCCAUCUUUUAUGCCAUAGGACCCAAUUUUAACGCCAACUCUAAAGUGGACCUCAUCAAUAACACAGACGUGUAUCAAGUAAUGUGUAAGAUACUUGGGAUAGAAGCAGCAGCUAAUAAUGGAUCCUGGGAAGCUAUGAGUACCUUGACCAUGUUUGACCAGCCGACUACAUCAACAACUACAUCAGCAUCGCCACCUGAGACUACAUCUUCAUCAACAUCUUCAACUUUGUCUCCAACUGCACAGCCACAGAGUGGUGGAGUCAACGCUGGCUUUGUAAUAUUAGGACUGUUGAUUGUGGUGGGGCUGGUUAUUGUAGGAGUGUGUAUUUGGAAAAGAUAUCGAAAAAGAGAAUAUGAUGAUCUUGCUUUUCUGAGAGACGAUUUCUCUUAUACAAAGACUGAUUUUACAGACAGAGACCUAUAGAGGGAGCAAUUUCUUCAUCCUGUAGAGGAGGGCAUUUCUCUCUGGGAAUGUUGGAGCAUUUUUUUUUCUGUGGUUGUGGCUUUUUUUUCUGCCAGAGGAGGAUCUGAUUUCCUUGGUGAAGGCCCUUGUUUUGAGUGGAAAGUUGAACUGCACCAGAAAAUAUAUAUGCAUUUUCUUAAUCAACUCUUUAGUCAUUCUUGCGUUUAUUUUAUUAAGUUCAUGGUGAUACUGGUAUAGAACUGAGCUUUGUAAUUUUGGCUGAGAGUUUUGUAAAGACCCUCAAUUGUCGGUCUUUCCACCUUUAUAAAUUUUUCUCUCAGAUGCUUUAUUUGUGAUGAGUGUAAGUCCUGUGGUGAGACUAUUUUUUGUACUGUUAGACAAAAAUGGCUGUAGCAGUAUUUAACACCUGUACAGUAUUUAACACACAAACGACUUUUAGUAAAAUAUGGGUCAUCUUUUUCUUUUAAUCCAAGCACAUACGGCCAUAUUGAGGUGAUGUAAGUAUUGACAGUGAUUAGACAAAGUUGUUGUUUUGUACAAAGAUGAGAUAAAAAAUUUAUAUUUCUUAUUUUCAGGAACAUUUUUGGCAUCUGUGGGCGUAGUAAUUUCCAACGUCUGUGAUAAGUAUUUACAUUGAUUGGUGUCUAUGGGUGCAUUCAGAACUUUCCUAACUUAACCCCAAAAGGGCAGUCCUUGCGCAUAUACAGUUUUUGCUUAUCCCAAAAGCCAAGACCUGCAUCUAUGCAUAUCUUGGAAAUAUUGGUGUUUUGUUCUUUUUUGAUUUGUGUUUUCAGAAAAAAUACCACAAUGAUAUUCAAUAUAUUCAAAAUGUUUUAUGUCUUGCCUCUUGUUUGAGCUAUUUUUGGAAAAUGGAGUGAGAAAACAAAUUUUAUAGGUGCUUGAGAGAAAAAAUUGAGGCAUUUCACUGCCUCAUACACUUGUAGAUUCUGGAUACAACUAAAACAGAAAUAUGCUGAUUUUUUUAGUACAAAGAUAACAAAUAUAGCAUCAUUAUCAUGAAGAAUUCCCAAGCAGAGAUGCGAAGAAAUUUGAAAUAUUUGUACAUUGUUUUAUGCAGUUUUUCAUUUUCCGAACCAGCUAUCAAAUAUGAAUUCCAUUUUGAUAAGUCAGUAAUUCUGACAGGUUUUCUCAAAUUUAGCAAAAAGGCGGUUAGUGGACAUCUGUUAGACUUAAUCUGUUUUCAGUCAGCAUGUUUUACAUAAUAAUAUACAUUUGCAUAUUAGAAAUAUUGGUUCACACUGCACCAUGAGAUUCUGAAUCUACCUUUGCACAAAUUUCUCAGCUUAAUCUAAGCACCUUGUGUUUCAUAGUAAUUUUCAAACACUCCUCUUUGCACAGCAAGUGGUGGUUGCUGUUGGUUGGGUAUUGGAACAGAACUAGCUAGUACCUUCUUGUUUAUGGCUGACAUAUGCAGGGUGUAGAAAUUUUAUGGACUUAAGAGGGAGCCAGAACAACUGUACUGUUUCACAGCCAAUAGCAAAGCUAAAAUGGAACGGGAAGAUAUGACAAAGAGAGAUUGAAUGAAUCAAAGACAUCAGUCAUAACCAUCAGCAAACAGCUGCAAUUUAUUAUGUAGGUUCUGAGAUCAAAUUAAGUUUUUGUAAUGGUCUGAUAAUUACAUGUAUCACAUAAAUUAUGUUUGCUUUUUAUAGAGCAGUAUUGUUUAGAUAAUUGACCAUUUUGAGCUUAAACGUAAUGCGUGCCAUUGCAAAACAAUUUCAAUAAUGUGUUUAGACAAAAAUUACUGACAUUGUUGACAUUAAUAUUAAAUAUUGAAACAAAUAUUAUUCUUGUAGGUUGGUGGGAUUCUUUUUAAUGUUUUGAUUUAACAUGUAUACAUGUGAGAAAGAGAGAGAUGUGCAUGUUAAAGAUUUUAAAGAUGUAAUAGACCCUAACUUCUCACAUUUUAUUACUUAUUAUGGUCAAUCUCACAUCUUGUGGACUUAAUUUUUUCUUUGGUUAUAGCUGAAAUCCAUAAAUGUUGCAUAACUUGAAUUUUUUAUUUAGCUGGAACAGAUUUUUGGUCCUAAGUUGUCCAAAGCAAUGAUGUGCCAACAGUUUAUCCAAAUCAGUAAAAUCAUAACUCUUACAUAGUUCAGACAUAAAAUAUUUAGCUUGGGAAGAUCUUUUGAUAACAAGAAUGAGUAAUAGUGCAUAUUAUAUCUAAAAUUUCAGAUCAGAUGCAACAUUUCAGCAAAUAUAAAUGAUUUGAUGUUUAGAAAUUAUCCAAGAAAAACAAAGAGAGAGAUAUACAGCUUUGGCUGUUCCCUGUUUAUGUGCAUUGUAAUUUGUAUUUCAAGAACUGCUAUAUUGCUUGCAAACUACACAUCUCUUCCUCAUAUAUUUAUGUGUGUGUGUUGAACAUUUAUUGUAAUAUUUGGGGCAAAUUAUAUGUUUUUAUUAUUUUGCAUUUAGCUACAAUUUAAACUUGUUUAUGAAGGUACAUCUUAUGUAUUGUUUCAUGGUAAGAUAUUUGUUUGUUUUAAUUUAUUUGCAAAACACAUAAUUGCAACUUUUGUUAUUUAUAUAUUAUGCAAGGGAUAAGAGUAAAGCAUUUUA